CAUGAGCUUGCAUAUAUAUCCAUAGCGACAAAAACAGCGACGGGCCACGGCGUCUCUCAGGACAACGGCGGCCAGACAAUGACCGAGCGCCCGGAUGGCAGAAGAGACGCGAGCAAACGUGUCUUUUUGAACCGGGACGUUUUCCAAACGUGUUCUGUCCGUUUGCGUCAUAAUUGCUGAAUAUCUCGCGGCGCGUCAUGUAGCGGAGGCCGCGCGGGGAGUGGAACGAACAGACGCCCGCGAGAGCGAGAGCUUUCAUUAAAAGCGUCGGGGAUAUUCACGCAUCUUUAAAGCUUGAUUGUGGAUCGGACGCGUGGAUUGAGGAUGGAUGUAGGUGCGCUUGCAGGUGGGGACGGUGUCCCGAGGAGAGCCGAUUUGGUUGAGGGUGGACUUGAAAUCGUGCCGCUGGAAAUGUACGACUCGGCCCGAGCCAAGAUAGAAGCAAACCUCCGCUGGUUGUUCGCCAAAGCGUACGGUGAAGAGCACAUCCCGGCGGACCUGCGAGACCCGUUCUACACGGAUCAGUACUGCGUGGAGCACAUCAAGCCUCUGGUGCUGUCUCUGCUGCUGUCCUCCGAGCUCUACUGCAGGGUGUGUGGGCUGCUGCUGAAGGGCGACCAGGCGUCUGCGCUCGGCUCCCAUCAGGCCGUCCUCCAGACGCUCGCACGCCGCGGGAUAAGUGUCAGAGAAGCAGACGACACGCCGGUCUCCCACGACGACCUCUCCUCCACCCCCAUUAAGAUGAGUUCUCAUAUCCUGCUGAUCGACGCUCUGAUGAUGGCGUAUACGGUGGAGAUGAUGGCUGUAGAGCGAGUCGUGGCGAGUGUCAAGCGCUUCUCUUCCUUCUGCGCCUCUAAAGAGCUUCCCUUCGAUAUGGAGGACGCCAUGCUGUUCUGGAUCAACAAGGUGAUUCUGAAGACGAGAGAGCUCUCCGACAAGGAACUGAAGAUGAAGCAGCCGCUGAUGGAUUCGCCGUGUCAUCAGAAGUCUCCCUCAAAAUGGUAUUGGAAGCUCGUGCCUGUACGGUACCGUAGAGAACACCUGACCGGACAUCUGUUCCCACACCUGGCUGUGAUUGAGGAUCUGAUGAAGGAUGUUUGUGAUGGAGCGGCUCUGCUAGCAGUCAUUCACUUCUACUGCCCUGAAUACAUGAGGCUAGAUGAUAUAUGUCUGAAGGAGGUGGCAUCUCUGUCGGACAGUGUGUAUAACAUCCAUCUGCUGCGGGAGUUUUCUAACGAAUACCUGAACAGGUGUUUUUACCUGCACACUGAAGAUCUGCUCUACGGCCCACCGGUGCUGAAGCAUAACCUGAUGGUUUUCAUUGCUGAGCUCUUUUGGUGGUUUGAAGUAGUAAAGCCGGACUUCGUAAAGCCAAGAGACCUUCAAGAGAUUAAAGAUGUGAGAGCGUCUCUUCAGCCAAAGAGUUCCCGCCCCCAUGUGCCCAUAUCCAAUGCCACCAAGCGAAGCUUCUUAACUCCCUCCCCUUCAGCCGAUUCGCUGGUGACAGCUGCCACUCCUGACGGUUGUAUGCGGUAUUACUUGCACCCCGAGGAGUCCUUGUCCAUAACAAACAGAAGCCCCUCCAACCCGCUCCUCCAACUGCGGCAGAGACAACAGAAGCCCGCUCAGGGGGAGGAGAAUCCAGAGCUCAGGAACAGGUCAAACUCUUUGUCUCGUAUGGAUGGACUCAUGCUUGGAUCACAGUUCGCCUGGAUGGAAAGGAAACAAAGGCCGAUCUCUCAGAUGGAGAUGGAUUGGGAACGUGUAUGUGGCGAUAAUAUCAGCUUGGCUCGAUCCAUUAGCAAGGACAGUUUAGCUUCCAACGUUAUCUCUAUUACUCCACGACACCGCAUCAACGGCCAGCCCUUCCCCCAGACACAUCACUACGAUGACCAGGAAGAAGAGGAGGAACUACUGGCUGUUAUUAACUCAGAGGGCGCAUCUGCAUCCAGAGACGCCCGACCCGAGAGUUUCUUCUUGGAACCGUUGCAACCUGCAGUUCUACGACCAAAUAAGGAGAAAACGGGGAUUAGUAAGUGGGAAGAGAGUGGAGAGGGGAGGAGUCAGGGACGCCGGGGGGCGUAUACACCCACAGAAUGCCCUCUCAACCAGACGUUUACUCCAGUCGGUAGCAUAGAGCAAGCAAGCUCUCGAGCACAAUCUCCCGGAUGCUUCUUCCUGCACGACGACGUGGAAAGUGUGCGGGACAGUCCGCUCGGAGGAUGGGAAGACAUCGCCUCGGAUUCAGAGUUUGAGGAAGAUGAUGAAAUAGAGGUUCAGGAGCAAGAGCUUUCCAAAGCAGUUCUGAUGCAUGCCGGGAGGAAAUGUGUGGGACCUGGAGAGGAAGAGGAGUCUGCAAAACUGCGCGAGGAUGUUUGCUUGCAUGAACGCGACGAUAAGGAAGACACGAGUGGACGGGCAAGUCCUUGCCCCAGCGUGUUGUCACAGGCCAGCAGCACGUCGACCGGUCGCAUGACAAGUUUCGCAGAACGCCGCAGGAAUAGAGUCGGAUUCCCAGAUGGUUGCUACAGCACUGGGAGCUCGCAGACAACCACUCCAGAUGGAUCCGAAAGCGCGCAAUUCCCCACAGACGUGAGUCCGGGAACGCCAAGUGGCCGACCUGGCCUCGCUUCAGAACUCGUACACCUUCGCAUGCAGCUGGAGGAGAAACGGCGUGUUAUUGAGAUGCAGAAAAGGAAGAUGGAGAACCUUUCGGCUCGUCAACGGCUGCAGCUGGGAAAAGCGGCGUUCUUGCAUGUUGUUAAAAAGGGGAGGAGCGACACAUUGCCAAACCCACUCAAAACCGAAAUUGGGUUUAAAGAGAAACUGCUUGCGAAGGAUGACUCAUGCGUUGAGGUCCUGAAAGCCCAAGAAAAAGACAUGGAGUGUAAAGAAACGCCGGUAGAGAAGGAUAAGGACAAUCGCUUGAGUGUAACAGGAGGGGGCGGGGCUUUGGGCAAUUCGAGCGGAGAACCAGAUCUCGGCGAAUGUAGCCGCUCUAUUGAGCUCCUGAACGAAGCGAUUGGAGCGAUACAGCAUCAAAUGAUGCAACUGUCUCUCCAGCAGGACUUGCUCAUGAAACAGACUAUCCAGUCCCCGCAGGAAACAAAACCGAGCACUGUGCCGCCCUUAAACGAACACCUGCCGGAGCAAACCGAGACUAAGUCGUGCCUCUCCGUGCAUUUCACAGAAACCCUUUCCACCGCAACCAAACGUCCUCCCAGGCUCAGCUCAAGUCGUACACCUCGGGUGAAACCUAGCGACCUCAAACUGAGCAAAGAUGCAAACAGUCAUCCACCAGUGAAACCAAGCGCUCCGACACCGGGUGGCAGGACCCCCCGGGCUGAGAAUGAGGAAGAGGGUGGAGCUAACGAGGGUGGGUGUGGCUCAAAAGGAAUUAUUCGCAAAACUACCUUUAGACUCCAGGACUCCGCAGUCCAAUGUGCCGACAGCCUCAACUCGCCCCAAACCGAAAUCCCCACGGUGGAACAGUUGCCUGGUGAUCCGACCCCGGAGCAGAGCGAGUCCAGCGGCUCUGGAAAGGAAAACGUUCCGGUUUUGUCAGAGGAAAACAAAAUGAAAGCACAGCUGAUUGAAGUGGACCUAUCGGACCUGGCUGAACCGUCUGAAACUAGCACAGAACCUGACGGUGAACAGAAAUCUGGACUGGGCUUCUUCUUUAAGGAUGAUCAGAAAGCGGAGGAUGAGCUGGCUAAGAAGAGGGCAGCAUUCCUCCUCAAACAACAGCGUAAGGCCGAAGAGGCGCGAAUACGUAAGCAGCAGCUGGAGGCGGAGUCAGAGCUCAAACGAGAUGAAGCCAGACGAAAAGCUGAGGAAGAACGUGUGCGUAAAGAGGAAGAAAAGGCUCGGAGGGAGCUGAUCAAACAGGAGUACCUGCGCAGGAAGCAGGAAGAACUUCUGGAGGAACAGGGUGUGACUAAACCACGCCCACGUAACAGGAGGCCACGCCCUAAAUCACUGCAUCGUGCUGAAUCUUCCUGUUCUGCUCCGGUUAGUCUUUGUUCUGCUCCCUCUGGAUCGUCUCUCUCAUUGGCCUCUGCUGCUACUGAAGGUGACAGUGUAGCGUCAGGAGGGGCAAGUUCACACAGGGGGGAAUCUGUGGAAUCUUUUCCCAUAUUGAGCCGAAAUGCGAGCAGGAACAUGGAGCGAGACUGGGACAAUGGCUCGACGGCCUCAUCUAUCACAUCUGUAGCAGAAUACAAUGGGCCCAGAUUAUUUAAGGAGCCUAGUGCAAAGUCCAACAAACCAAUCAUCCAGAAUGCCAUCGCUCACUGCUGUCUCGCGGGAAAAGUCAAUGAAGCCCAGAAGAACGCCAUUCUGGAGGAAAUAGAGCGGUGCGAGUCCAACCACCUCAUAAUCCUUUUCCGUGACGGUGGAUGUCAGUUCAGGGCACUGUACAUAUAUUCCCCUGAAACAGAGGAGAUUGUCAAGCUCAAAGGCACGGGGCCACGCGCCAUCAGCCGCAAAAUGAUCGACAGACUCUACAAAUACAGCUCCGACCGCAAGCAGUUUAACGUCAUCCCCGCCAAGUCUGUCUCGGUCAGCGUAGAUGCUCUCACCAUCCACGGCCACCUGUGGCAGGCCAAGCGGCCGAGCACGUCAAAGAGAAAAUGAUCCUGCUUCCUAUUGGCUCAUUUGAACGAUACACUGCUUUCUGAUUGGCCACUGGAUAAUAUUUCAUUCCUAAACUGACGUUUUGCUAAUGAGCAGGCCUCCUAAAAUCAUAUUGGUCUACAAGAUUCCUCCUGCUUUCCUAUUGGCCACUGCGCUGUGAAACAAGCAGAGCUGAUGAUGUCAGAAGUGGGUGGAGCUUGAUGUUUGAUUGACAGAGAUAUUGAAUGUGUUCUAGGAUUACGUCAUCGUUCAGUGUUAUUUAUUUUUUUUAGGCAGGAAUCUGCAUGUGACACUUUUUUGUUUGAUUUUACCAUAGUAUUCAUAUACGCAGGAACAAAAGACAACACUCCCAUUACUUGAACUAUGAAUUUUGGUUGCUGUUGUUACACAGGCACGUGCGAAUGUGUGUUAGAGCGCGUCUGUUUUUUUUGCAUUUCUCAUACUGUACAAUACAUCUCCAUAUGCUGCUGUUCAUACCUGACACUCAAUUUAGCAGUGCAAUGCAGUGAACACAUAACAACUGAUCUGAGUGUGUGUGUGUGUGUGUGUGUGUGUAUUUUGACCUUCAACUCUUCAUCGUUUUAAAAUGUUUUACGAUGAAGUGCUUCUGUAUUAUCCAUCUUUACUUUUAAUCAUGCAUUCAUGCUGGCUGCUGACAGUAUUACUGUACUUUCCUAAUUUUUCACUAAAGAAUCAGAUUGUCAUUGAAACACAUUGCCACUGAUUGUUUGUGUUCAGUAAAGAAUGUAUGCACUCCAGGGACUCCUGUGAGCAGGGCUUUUUGUUGUAUAUGUUUGGAUUGUACAAAACUUUGCUUUAACUUUUAUUUGUUAGCUCAUUAUUAUGUACCAUAUAUUUAUUUUAAAGAAGAACACUGAAAUUUAAUAAAUUAUACAACCAAAAA